UCGCUGACUAGCCUUCUCAGUUUCAAGCUGUUGAGCCGCUGCAGAGAGUCCAGACACUACCUUUCUGCCACAUAUUUGGGGUAUGAGGUCUUCCACUGGAUCCACUGAGUGAAAGAUUUGAUUUGGGGGUUAUCUUCAACCUUAACCCCCUUUGUAGCCUCAAGUGUUCAAAGGAGAAUAGAUCCCAUAGAUUCUACAAUGAUAUCUGAAUUGGUUUAAAAACCAUGUGAAACAUCACACUAUUCAAAUGAUUAGAGAAUAAUGGCACACAUGUAAGCAAUUUGCAGUCUUAUGCAUCACUCAUGUUUGCACUUUAUGGUGCAUUCAACACUUAUUAGGCUGCACCUUUUUACAUCUGAACUUCAAUAGUAACUUGUUAUUGUUAAAUCUAUUAACGAGAAGCGAUCAUAAUGGUGAACAAUAUGGAUCACGGUUUGCCCAAGUUUUCUCUUCUAGGUUAUGAUGAUUGGAAGAUCAUGAUGGAAGAACACCUCUAUGCUCUACAUGAUUUCAUGUGGAUGGUGCUUGAGGAUGGACCCUUGAAAAUCCAAAUGGAGAAUCCUGAGAGGAAUCCAGCCGCUCUAGAUGUAGUCCAGUACAUUCCAAAGCCCAAAGAAAAAUGGGAUGAUAGAGAUUUCAAAAAGCACAAUCUGGACAACGUUGGCAAAGCAGCCAUCUUCAAGACUCUUGAUCCCAUCACCUUCUCCAAAAUUAAGCAUCUCAAGACUGCCAUGGAGAUUUGGCAAGGUCUUGGGAAGCUAUGUGAGGGAUCAGAGGACCUGAGAAAGCAGAAGAUAGAAGUCCUGCUUGAGAAGUUCAAAAGCUUCAAAAUGCUUCCCGGAGAAUCAUUUGAUAUGUUGGACGAAAGAUUCCACAAAAUCUUAAAUGAUCUUGCAUCACUUAACCACGUUCUUUCUCCCAAAGAAAAGAAUGUAAGGUUGCUGAGAUCACUUCCAACUGAGUGGUACACCAAAGCCACAACCAUGGAAGAAGGAAGAAACCUGGAGAACUACAUUGUCCAAGGUCUCCUUGACGAGCUCAAAACCUAUGAGCACGAGCUGAAGAAGAAGAAGGAAGAACAAGUCACUCCCUUCCCCAAAACAUUGAUGACAACUCCAAGAGUCCCGUCAAGUGAAGGAACAUGCCCAAGGAACUGUGACACACCCUCCUCCAGCCAGCCGUCAAGCUCAAAAAUGGAGAACUGCGAUGAGGAAUUUGCCAUGAUGGUCAAACAAUUCCGGAAGAUCAAGAAGUUCUUCAAGAAGGCUGAUUCAGUCAGAAGGCCAACCAAGGGAAAGCCACAAGUAAGUGACUCUCCUCCUGAAUCUUAUUUGUGUUAUAACUGCAGGAAGCCUGGCCACUGGAAGUCAGCAUGCCCGUACCCAAAGGUGGAGAAAUACGGAGAAAGAGAAAGAAACGAGAAGAAAAAGAAAGCAAUGGUUGCUGCUGAAAGUGAUGAGUCAUCCAGCUCAAGCUCGGAUGAAGAAGCCCUCAUUUGCAUGGAGCGCAGAGCUGAGAAGUCCAACCAUGAGGACAGGUGGACUAUGUCAGAAGAUGACACUCUCUGCCUAAUGGCCAAAGAUGAUGCUGAUCAAGAGGUAACCUCACAAACCUCAUCCUCAUCUUCUUAUGAAAGCAUACCAACUUCUGAAAAUCUUUUUGACCAGUUCAAAAAGAUGAUGGAAGAUUUUGAGGAGAUAAAUCUCAAACACUCAUCCUUAACAGAAGAGAACAAGUUGUUAAGUGAAGAGAAUCUCAAGUUGACUGAAGGUCGGAAAAGUCAACUGAAUGAGAUCACUCAACUUAAAGCUGAAAAUGAAUCUCUCUCUGAAAAGGAAGCCGCUAAGUACCCAGGUGUCUGGUACUUAGACAAUGACUGUUCAAGACACAUGACGGGUGAUGCGAGCCUCUUGAGCAAUCUAAUUCCCUAUGAUGGUCCAAGAGUUACUUUUGGAGGAAGCAAUGACUUUGGCCUUACUAAAGGGCUAGGAAAUCUGGUGUACAAGGGACUAACCAUCCAAGCUGUAUCUUAUGUUGAAGGUCUCAAUUAUAACGUUCUCAGCAUAAGUCAGUUUUGUGAUAAAGGUUACUCUUUGGAAUUCUGCAAGGACAUGGCAUCCCUCAAGAACAUCUCCACAAAUGAAGUCAUUCUCACUAGAAAGAGAAUCAGGAACAUCUAUGAAGUGAUGUGGAACGAUGUCAAGGAAGCAUGCCUAAUCAGCAAAGACAAGGAUGAAGAAGUCAAUGAAGGAGAUAGAAUGAAGCCUACGGAGUUCAUUCCAUUCAGAAGUUUACCACUGAAGACUUCACAGAGAAAUCUGGAUUCAGAUAGUUCUGAGCCUUCCGGAAAUUUUGGCCAGCCUUCCAGUAUUCCGGAACUCUCAAACGGCGACAAUUCCGGAAAUGGCAACCCAGUGCCAAUCCAUCCGGAAACACCAACAACUUCUGUUCUUCAACCAGAAGCUGAACUAGAUCAACUAGUCAAUCCCAAUCAACAUAAUCUUCGUUGGUUAAGGGAUCAUCCUCCUCAACAAAUCAUUGGAGAUAUUCAAUCUGGCGUUCGCACAAGGAGUGCCCAGCAGAAUCUAGAAGCUAUGCUUGCUUGUUUCAUCUCACAAAAGUUAGAAUCCAAAUGCUCCUCACCGGCGUUCUAUCAAAACUACCUAGAGAUGAUAGCCGCUCAAGAACUCGCCGAAUUUCUUCAAAUGAAGAUUCGCCUCAAAUAUGAAGCUAAGGUUCUGGAAUUCUACAAAAAUGGAGAGGUCAAGAUUGCUCAUUCAAAGAAGGACCCACAGAGGACGUUUCAAGUCAUCAAAUCCACUGUUGGAGGAAGAAAAGUGAAGCUUUCACAGAAGAAUUUGGGAGAAAAGCUUCACCUUCCCAAUUCUGGAGUUGAAAUUGGGAGAUUUCCAGUCAAAAAUCUGGACUGGAACAUCAUUGGAAUUUCUGGGCAAGCUCCUUCUGGCCCAGCGAAGAAAGCAGAUCUGAACAAUGACUACAAGUUAGUCUUGGAACUGGUCAUCGCUUGCCUCGAGUGUGGAAGCGGAGGUCAUGCCGAUGACAUCACGCAGGAGAAAGCCUUCAUCAUCAACGCUCUCAUUACCAAAUCUAAGAACCUUGCUCUGGUCAAUCUGGAAGAAGCAGAAGAAGUCUCUGUGCAAGGAGAACUUCAAAGGAAUAAGAAGAGGAAACUCUCCUCUCUCUCAACAUCUGGAUAUGACAACCCAGAUAAGUUGAAAGAGAAGGAACCUGCUGAGGAAAUCUCUGCCCACAACCGGAGUCCUCAACAACUUGAAGAAGAAAUCCCUCAAGUCCAAAGCCUUCCAACCCCCUCACCUCAACCUCAAAUGGAUGAUGCUGAUAACCAAUUCUGGCAGCUCUACUAUGAUUGGAGAGCAUGGAAAGUUGGAAAUUCAGCAGAGCAACUGUUGGAUUGGGACCAACAGCUGAAGAAUGAGAAGAUUAUCAAGAAAUGCUUAGGAAUACCAGUCAACCAUAGCUGUGAAGAAAUCUUGGAUGACUACUGGGUAUGGCAAAGGAACCAUGAAGACCUGCAUCUGGAAUACCUAGCCAACUCACCAAAUUCAGAAUUUGAAGUAGAUGAUGAAGAUCCUUCAGUCUACAAACCAGUCUUUUCUAAAGCCAUAGAAGAACAAGUGGUUCUCACAUCUGAAGCACAAGCUGUCUUGGAAGCAACAGCUGAGGAUUUCCAAAUAUUUCCGGAAACCUCACCUGCCUUUGAAACGGUUCUGACUGAAGCUGUCCAAGAGAAGGCAGCCUCUCCUCCACAAGAACAGAACCAGAAAACAGUAGAAGAAGAAGAAUUUCAGCAACUAAUCCAAUCUCAAGUUUUAGAGACUCUCACAACUCCUUGUGAGAUCUCCAAUCCUACUGAAACUGAGAUCCCGGAGAAGUCAGCAAAAAUUCCGGAGCAAUCAACUUUUCCAGAAACAAAUGAAGAGGAGCAAGCUAUAGAAGUCCAAAGGAAUUCUGGAGAAGCUGAGAAAGAAACUCAAAUGGCAGAACUGGAGGUCUCUAAAACUCCAAUAGCCAUUUUUGAAGAACAAAAUGAAGCUGAAGAUAGUGACUCUCUCUCUAGAUAUAUAUCGAAUUUUGCGCUUGAUGAAGCAGAAGGAGAGUCUGAGAGAACACUAAAGAUCACUGAUGAAGAAGAUGUACAAGAAGAUGCUGAAUCUCUUCCUAUGCAGCUCUUCCAAAGAACACCCUCUUCUCAUCAGGUAACCAACUUUCAUUUUCAUAGCUCUUCCACCCCUACACUUCUGGAUGAGAUACCGGAAAUCUGGACAAAGAAGGUCCAAGGGCUGAUUGAAUCAGCCCUAGCAUCUCAACAUGCCUCCUUUAGGCAAGAUAUAGAGCAAAUGGAAGCCAGGUACACCAAGCUGAUAGAGAAAUCUGAAGAGAAACACAGCGCAGAUCUCAAAGAAAUAAGCAAGUCAGUGCACAAGACUCUAGAGAUCAUUUCUCUAUUGAGUAAAACUGUGAGCAACACGAUGGAGAUAUAUGCCUCUGACAAUCAUCUUCAACUCAAGGAGAUUAACAAAGUUAAAGAGCAAAUAGCAAGCGUCACAGUAGUGACCAAAGACUACUUGAAGGUGAUCAUUGACAAUCAGAAGGAAGCACAUAAACUGUUCAGACUUCUUGGCACAAAGUCUGGAAAUCGCAAGAUGGAAGUGAUUCUUCAACAACACAGUCCAUCCUUGAUACCAGAACUCCCCAUUGCAGUUAAAGAAGGAGAAGUCUCUUAUAUCCCUUCUCAUCUGAACAUGACUAAUCUAAUCCUUGAAGCACAGCAAAGAAAUCCGGAGAACUCAGCGCAUCACCUAUCCAGCUCAGGAUUGGAUGUAACAGAGGCUGUAGGAACAAUUGCUGCUCACUUCUCAGAUGAUAACCAAACAAAGGAGAGACGCAACAACAUAAGGCGCAUUAAAGAACUUUGUUGAAACAUGCAAGGUAUCAAUGAGGCUGCCGGAUCUUCAAAACGCAAGAGGAACUGAAGGUUCUUUUCAUCAAACCAGGGGGAAAGUAUGUGAAAACACUAAUUUGUUUUGAUGAAAACACCUUCUUGUUUAAACAUUGCCUGAUUAGUUUAAACAUUGCUUCAACAAUUCUCUUACUUGUGCUUGCUUAUUAUGCUUGAUUAUGCUUAUCUCAAGUAUGAUUUUGAGAAUUUUUUUCUGAAGCGCAUACAUUCAGGGGG